AAAUUAACGACAUGAUUAAUAUUGGUUAUGUUACUUAUGUUUUAUACCGUUUUGCAUUUAUUUUUAUCUCAAACGAAUAGUUUCAACAUUAAGAGAGAAGACAAAACAGAAUAUAAUGAAGUUAUUUCGAUAUCUAAUGAAACUGUGACCGCAAUAAAAUCAAUCACAACAGAUCAAAAUUAUUACUUGAACAUGAUCAAUAAUUCAAGGAAAGUUCCAAACUUAAAAUCAAACAUAUUUGAUAAGAUGCUAUCUAACGAAAUGUUAUCCAUAAAGCAACAUUUGUAUGAGAUAGAUCCAAUAUCAUCAUCAGUUUAUUUAUCAUUUAAAAAUAAUGUACCAACUCCGACACUGGAAAUAAAUCAGAAAUGGCCUAUUUAUAAACUAAUAUCCGUAACGAGUGUUAAACCAAAAUUUGAUGAUGCUAGCAAAUAUACAUCUGUGGAUUUAUCAAACGAAAAACAAAGUUAUAAUGAAAUUGUGUAUAAAGACGGUAAUUUGGAUAUGGAAGUUGAAAAUAAAAAUAAAAUUAUCGAAGUAAGAAGUUUUUCUGUUAUGCCUAUGCAUACGGAAAGUUUACCUCACGUUCAGCAAGCUAAGCGGCAGUGCACGUGUAUGAGAAAUAAUCACCAUACAAUUUGUAGUCAUCGUGGUAUCGGAGCUCAAACGAGUACUGAAAAAAUUUGCACACACACAGAACAUUAUUCGACAAUAAGACCUGAAUGUACAAGAACAGAAGCUUAUUCGGUUUCUCUUACGUACUUUCCUUAUUUCGUUUACCCGUCAUUUUUCUUAGGAAUAACAACAGAUGCUUUUAAAACUUAUUACCAUCCAGAUGUAAUUAAUGAUUUAAAAUUACCAAAACAUAAAAAACAUAGUAAAAUAAAGAAACCGUACAUUGACGAGGCAUUAUUCUCAGAUGCGGAUGAAAUUAAAGAGAUUGAUGAUGAUUAUAAUGAUCAAUAUGAUGAUGAGUAUUCAGAAAGUGACAAAUCAGACGAUGAUGUGUCAGUAAAUAAAUGUUCGAAAAAUAAAUGCAAGUUAAAUUCUAAAUUAUAUAAAAUAAAUUAUGACAACGGUGGCAUAAAAGAUUUUGAUUUAGCAAAAAAGAUACAUAACGGUUACAUAAAAGUUAUAGAUAACAAUAAAUUUGUCGAAGGUAUAGUAGAAGAUUUAAAAGUUUACUACAGCGAUGCUGUUAUUAAAGAUUGUUACUGUUCAUUGUCAUCCUUAAAAUCAUCUAAAAACAUGAUAAUUUAUUUAGUUACUAUUUUAUUUUUACUUUAAAAUUAAAUG